CGCGCAAGUAGGUACAGAGACGCGGGCUCGCAGUAGCACUUUCGCCAGAAACAACGACAACAACAUGGAGCGCAAACGAUUUAAAGAGCGAGGCGGCCUUUUUGGGACAUCUGACGUUUGAUAAAAUGCCAAAAAGCGACACGUGGCCAGGUGGGACCGCACCGGAAACGUCGGCUGGCAUGGACAGCGCCGGCAGCUGUGACAGCGUUGUCAGUGGACACUCUGGUUUCAGCGAUGAUAGUCUGGAGCACUUGUCUGCGGAGGAGAAAGCUUGCCUCAUGUUUUUGGAGGAGACCAUUGAGUCUUUAGACACCCAGGACGACAGCGGACUCUCCAACGACGAACUGGACCUCUUGCCCGACCCCGGCAGCCUGGCCUCCAGACUGGCAGACCUGUCAGCCUCCAUGAGCAAAACCAAGCUCAAUGGUCUGCAAAAGCACAACUCCAUGGAAACCAUCAGGGAAAAAGUGGAGAACAAAUCCAUACAGAACUACCUUGUACCGACACCUUUUGUUUUGGCGAGCAGCUCUAAUUGUGCUGAACCAAACGUCAAUGCUGCUAUUGAGCCAAAUAAGAAGAAAUCUCUUUCAUUUAGCAACAACUCCAGCCAGAAGCCUGCUGGUGUUCAUGUACCCUUCGAGGUCAAUGUUGUGAUACCUGCUGCAACCAAACCCAAAGACAACUUGGUGAAGACAGGUGAGAGAGGACCUUUAUCCUACGAUGCGCUUGUUUACCUACGGAGGAGCGCCUCCACAAAGAAAACACCUUUGUGUCCCACAGUCGAUCACACCAUAGACUUGGUCAAAUGCCCUCCGGUCAUCAUAGAAGGUCCAAACACUGGAAAUGACAGAGCUGUCUCGGAGGCAGACAGGUCUGGGACAGGCCCGCCACCAGUUGCACCGAAACCCAAAAUAAUCCCUUCAAAUAUCUCAACAAAGACAGAAAAGGAAGCGGCCCCCGCCUCAAACUCAUCAUACAGUCUCAAGAACACAACAGAUCCCAAAGUGGUGCGACAGGAAGCUUUGCAGAAGCUGGGCCUCCUUAAAGACCAUUCGUCAGAAACUGCUCAAGUGGCCCGACUGGAGCUCCCCAAGUUUCAUUUGUCUGCGGGCGACGGAUUUUCAAAAAGUCCCGCAAACAUCAUUCCAUCGAGAAGCCCCUCUUUUUGCCACGCUCCGGUGCCCCCUGGACCCAGGAGUAAGGGGCUGCAGAGCACUGCUAGUUUCCACCACCACCACUCCAGGUGCGACCAACGGCCCAUGUCGCUCUCUCAUCCUGGUCAACUCAACAGGUUGAAGACGACUGGUCCAGAGCGCCCUGUCAACUGCAAAAAUGAGAUAAACCAUCCUCAACCGCGACUCAAAACAGUCGCCGAGGAUCAGCCGGUCGCCCCCAAAGCCUCAAACUCUGUGGCGUACACGGUGAUGAUGGUGCCUGGAAUGGGCGCCGACAGAAAAGAGGCUCUCAGGAAGUUGGGACUGCUCCGAGACGAGCCGCACAAGUAAGCCAAGUGGAGGACUUCCUGAGUCAAAGGGAGCUAAAGCAUUACGAGGCCACUUGGCACUCGGGUCCGGUAAGGACGGAGAGAAUGAUCAACUUAAAGGAGCAGCUCUUUCCUAGCUACGCCUUUGUAUGCAGUUUUUCCAACAGCGUCCUGUUGUGUUGCAGCUCAAAUAUGAUUGAUCGUUUCCCAGUAGAGAACUUAGGCUGCGUCGGCGCCGAGCUCCACGUUUACAGGACCUUUGCAUUGUUGACAAAUUCAGGGUUCACGCCUGUGCCUCAACUUGGACAUUGGCUGAAGUCUUGUGAAAAGAAUUUUCAAAAUUCUUAACUUCAUCAUCUUAAGCGGGUUACACACACAUACCGAGUUUUACCAUUUUAACCGAUGUUUUAAAUGUGAGAGAUCCUGAAAAUAUUGAAUAGGUUUAGCAUUUUUCUAAGCAGAUCGGGUAGGAAAUACCACUCCAAACACACACCACAGGAUAAUCGUUCAUGAUAAUCUUUCAGAGACAGUCGGGCCUUUCCUGCCUAAAUUUGGCCUAAUUGUCAGUAUGUGUGUACCCUGCUUUCGCAAUGAAAAGUAGUCAUGACUAUUUCUAAUUUGUCUUUUUCACGCAUGCACAAGAAAAAUUAAAUGUUUGACCGCAAAUAAUUGGAGUCACUGAGGAUUCUUUGAUUCGCAGAGCGGCUACGCGGUUGCACCACUCGUCUUACUCGGAAGGGCCGCUGCUCUUCCAUUAUCAGAUUAGCUUCAGCUCGGCAUGCGCGUUAACUUAUUAGGCGAUCCUUUCUCUCUGCUCGCUGCAUCCGCUUUUGGGUGUUUGACGUUUAAUUCCUUCCUUGAGAUGUUAUGCAACGCCACCGAAGCCUCUCAAUGGCCGAUCGUUGCCUUCCGCGGUCGCCGUUAUCACUCGCUGAGGCGCGCUGCUCGACAAACUGGGGUGGAAGGUGGAGGGUGCUAUCAGUGGCUUAUAUUUCUACGCCAAAAGUGGGGUGUCAGGUUCUGAAACUGACACGUCUCACUCGCUGUCUGUCAACUCAUAUUCUCCAGUGGAGGAUGAAAUCAGGCCAAAUUGUGAAAUGUGACACUGACGCGAAAAAGGGAGCUGCAGAAGGACGAAAACUGGCCUAUCCAUCCAUUCAUCAAUUUUCUACAGUGCUGGUCCUCAUUAGUGUCGCAGGUAAACCAUAAGAUAGCCAAUCACAAAACUGAAACUGUACAUCCAUCCAUAAUCUAAUCAAUUUGUCCUCAUUAGGGUUGCGGUUGAGCUAGAGCCUGUCCCAGCUGACUGUUGGCGAGAGAAGUGGGGUACACCCUGGACUGUACAUUGGGUGAAAACAAUUAGCAAAAAUGUUUAUUCAUGGGGGUUGGCAGGGGCCCCCAGAUCACCUUCAUCCGGCUCUCGGGGCCAUGGUUUUGAAAACAGACAAAACAAAUUGAGCAUCUCACCAAUCAUCAAUAUACUGUACAUAUAAUUGCGGUAUCAACAUGUUUACUAUUAAAAACAUCUUUACCAUUAUUAAUGGAAUAAAUGCAUGAUGACUUCAGCGAAGCAGGAAGGUUCAAAUGUUUGGUGAUCAAAGUUUCAAGUCUAAAACUAAUGUGUCUGAACAUUUUUUUGGGGGACAGUUUUUAAGCGCAUAUGCCACUGUGGCACCAGCAUACAGCUGGUUGUGUCCGAUCACUUGCCUCCAUUAUUGAUGAGAUUUGGUUUUUUUCCUCUUCGCCUUACCACUGGAUGCAGGGAGAGUCAAGGAUUCGAGGCGAAAGGGACGUGGCAUGACGGAGUCCAGGCUCGCAUUGACGCUUAGG